AGAAACCGUCGCGCACGACUCAAGCGGUCGAAAACGGGUUGCCGCACGUGCCGAGCCCGACAUGUCAAGUGUGACGAGACCCCAGGCAAGUGCCAAAAUUGCACCUCGACUGGACGGCAAUGCGACGGCUAUGAUACCCAUCGGCUGCCUCUCCCCAACAAACAAACGCGCUAUUCGGAGCGCUUGGCACUGUCACCUCCGGUCGCAGUCACCGUCCCGUGGGCUAGUACCUCCGAUGAGCGCCGCUGCUUUGGCUUUGUGCAAGCCCGCACGAUUCCUGAUGUGCUCAGCUACUUCGACUCGCUGAUAUGGGAGCAAUUUGUCCUGCAGAUGGUGCGCCGCGAACCCGCGGUCUGGCAUGCUGUCGUCGCCUUAGGCGCCGUGCACCAACACAUCGAGCCUGGGUUUAUGGGCGGGUCCACGGUCUGGGAGUGUAUGGCGGUCGCACAGUCGACGAGGUCCUUUGCCUGCCUGCGUCGACGGAAUCCACACGACCCACAGAUGCGGGAGGCAACAUUGCUCUGCUGUCUGUUGUUCACCAUCAUGGACGUGGUAAGGCAGGAGUUUGGGACCGCCGUGCAGCAUAUUCGUGCUGGCCUGCGGAUUCUGGAUGAAGCUAGGCACUCAACCAGCAGUGACGGUCAGCCGUUUCUUCGCUUUUGGCUGCAUGCCUUCCGACAUCUCGAUACCCAGAUUGGCAGUGAUCGCUUGCUGAUUGGUGAAGGCAGUAACGGCGGUCCAUACACCGUUGCUUCCGCCCGCCACAUGCUGGAGCCCCUCUACAACCGCUUUUUCAAAUUCCUCCGGCAGUGCUGGCGGAUGUCGCCAGCAGAGCUCCAAUCUGCUGCCGCCGCGCCAGUCUUGGCGGAGCAAGCAAGCCUGACCACGCAAUACCACCGCGCCAGGCAUUUUUGGCGCAUCUUCCGCGCGGAGCAAGACGCCAGUAAGCUCAGCCCGAAGGAUGAGCGUGGGGCUGAGGUGCUCGAAAUCUGGCUGAUGGCCGUCGGUCUCGGCUUGCAGACGGGCCCCCUCCACGAGAACCCGACGGCUUUGCAGCGGUUCACACCGCAGUAUCGCGAUCUGCUCAAUCGGAUUCAACGUUUUCUCGCCCGCUUUCCACAGCGGCCUACUCUGCUGGUCGAUAUGGGCGUGCUGCCGACGAUAUUCUUUGUGGGCGACGGCUGCCAGGACCUCUCCGUCCGGUGGGAGGCUCUUCAGGCUCAUUAUGCCUGGCCCCACCAGGAAGGCCCAUUCAGCGCGCCGCUGAUGGCCGCCCGGCUGGAACAUCUAAUUCGCGCCCAACUGAGGGUCCGAGUUCGGGCCGACCUGGUGGCGUCG